AUGAAGUUUAAGAAUUUCAAGCAAUUCAAAGAAGCUUGCAGGGAAUUGGGUAUUAGAAAAAGAAGGCAGUUACGUUUUAAGCCCAAUGAUCAACAGAGGGUGGUUUGUAUUUGUAAGGUUGAUGGCUACCCCUUUAGAAUUUAUGCUAGUAAAGUGAAUAAGCGCGAUCCAACUGUUCAAAUCAAGUCACUUUACCUAAAACAUAAAGGUGCUAAGGUGUUUGAUAAUUUCCACUUAUCUCCUAAGUACAUUGCUAGAAAGUAUUUGAAUAUUUUUAAAGCUGAUCCAGGUUGGAACAUAAGUGGUAUUGUUGAAAUAGUAAGGAAGGACUUUGAUUAUACUAUAGAAAAUUUGAAGGCUUGGAGGGCUAAAAGUCAAGCAUUAAAAUGGAUUUAUGGUGAUGAGGGUCUUCAGUAUGGCAAGUUACUAUCGUAUAGAGCUGAAUUAUUGAGAUCUAAUCCUGGAUCUAAUGUUGUAAUUUGGAGAGAUGGGGGAAAAUUCUUGGGAUUUUAUGUGUGUCUGGGAGCACUUAAGGAAGCUUUUAAAUCGGGUUGUAGGCCAUUAAUUAGCCUAAAUGGUUAUUGGCUAAAAGACACAUAUGGAGGAAAUUUAUUAUCUAUCGUGGCAAUAGAUCCAAAUGAUUGUAUAUUUCCAGUUGCUUAUGCUGUGAUAGCUGAAACAGAGAACAUCAGAAAUAGUCACCACAUUGCCUUUAUGUCUGACAGGCAAAAAGGUCUGAUUGGAGCUGUAAAAGAUUUGUUUCCGAAAGCUGAACAUAGAAAUUGUGUUAGACAUAUGUAUCAGAACUUCAAGCAAAAACAUAAAGGCAAAGCUUUGAAGGAUUUGGUAUGGAAUGCUGCUAGGGCAAGCAAUAAGGUGAUCUUCCAGAAAUGCAUGGAAACACUGAUCAAGAGGACAAAGCGGCAAGAGAGUGGUUCAAUAACCCAGAAAGGCCAUUUCAAAGUUGGACUAGAGCAUUGUUUAGAACAAAUACAAAAUGUGAUAUGUUACUCAACAACUUGUGUGAAAGCUUUUACAGGUAAUUGCAUAAGUUACAUUGCCAGGCUGAGGUUGUCUUCGGAAAUAUCGACUGAUAAAUUUCUUGUUAUGAUGGUGUUGUUUUCUCUUAUUUGUGAUUAUGUUGAUCACCUUUAUCGACUGGUGUAUAUACUUGAUGCUAGAGAUAAAGCUAUUAUUACAAUGCUAGAAAUGAUAAAAAACAAGUUGAUGAAAAGAAUGUACAAGAAAAGAGAGUGGAUUGCAAAGUCUGAUAGUUCAAUUUGCCCAAAAAUUGUGAAAAAAUUGAACAAGAUUAGCAAGGAAGUAAUUUGGUUUAAAACUGAUUAUUCAGGGGGACCAAGAGUCUCGGUAGAUGGUCCUGGUGGAGUUAAUAUUGUUGACAUGAAGGCAAAGAGUUGUACAUGUAGAAGAUGGGAACUUACUGGACUACCAUGUCCUUAUGCAUUUGCAUGUAUUAUUGGAAAUAGUGAAAGAGUGGAGGAUUAUGUGGAUACAUUCUACACAAUUGAAACUUUCAAGAACGUAUAUUCACAUUACAUAAAUCCAACAAAUCCAGAAGAUCACUGGCCUGAGGUUGUGGAUUGUGGAGAGCCCAAAUCAAGGAAAAAAGAGCCUGAAGAAUUAGAGAAGAAAAAGAAGGCUGAAGCUGUAGGAAAAGCUGAAAAAAGAGCUGAGCAGAAGUCUGAAAAAAGGCGACCUCAAAAGUUAUCCAAAAAAGGUUCUACGCAGGUUAUGUGUUCGAUUUGCAAAGAGUAUGGACAUAAUGCAAGAGGACAUUAUAAAUUUGUCAAAGCCGGAGAAUCAUCUUCAAGCCAUUAUUUGGAGGCUAUAAGUCCAGCUGAAGAAGCUUCAAAUGACGGGGAUUAUUUAAAUAUGUAUAGCCCGGAGAUGUGGAAUAAUAAUCACCAAGGAUUGAGUUUGGCAUAUCAGUCGACCAUAACUCAGGCACCAAUUGAAGAACAGGUAACAGUUGUUCAAACUGAUGUAGUGGCUGCUCAAGGUGUUGAUGAAGUUGCAAUUAAAGGAAUCGAAACUACUAGACUAUCUCAUACUUCUAAGAGAGGCAGACUCUUUAAGAGAAAAGUCAUGAAGGAGUACAUUGUUGAAGUUCAGAAGAAGAAGAAGAUUGGAAAUCAUAGCAAAGUAUAG